AUGGAGACAGUAUCGGCUCAAACCCAACAGGCAUUUCUGCAGGGUGUCACUCCUACGUACUCAGAGCAAGUGAUGUUGAACACUUACACGGAGUUUAACUGUACUACUGUUAGCAAAUUGUCCUGUUACAUAAGCAAAAAUACGCAACGCAGCAGCAUCUCCAUCAAAAUGCAAUACAAAAAGAAUAUAAAACGCUUCAGCUUAAACUUUCUCAUUGUAUUGCCAUGGCGUCCUGCGGACUUUGUGCUGCUCAAUUUAACCCGUUUGAAUGGUUGCCAAUUCAUGGCGAAUCGGAAUCAAGGGUCGCUGCUGCAUAUUUUUCUUAACUCGAUGAAACGAUAUAGCAACUUAAUGGAGGGAUGUCUCUACAUGCGUAACAAAUUUUAUUAUAUUCGUGGGCUACGCUUGGAUUUGAAUGCAAUACCAGCAGUUGCGUUCGACACCGAUAUGAAAUCGUGGUUUGAGAUUAUUCACGAGGGUGAUGUACUGUUUGAUGUCUUCGUGCAUAGUCACAUGCAAUUGCGGCGGAAUGGAUAG